AUGUCUGACCAAAUCGCCUCACACGGUGUUCAGUGGGAGCUCCUCGUAGACUCGGGCUAUAUGUUGUCCCGCGGUCCCCACCUCAAGCGCGCCGGAAACAGUUCUCGUAUGUCAAUCGAGAAUCUCAAAACUUUCGACCCGUUCGCGGAAGCGGAUGAAGAUACCGGCCAGGUCAAGCAGAGUCAGCAGGACUACAUUCACAUUCGUAUACAACUCCAAGGGCUGCCCAAGAAGUUCGACCAGAAGAAGAUCCUCAAGGUGAUCAAGAAGAAGUUUGCCUGCAAUGGCACCAUUGUUACGGACGUUGAGAUGGGAGAGGUAGUUCAGCUCCAGGGCGACCAGCGCAAGGACGUUCAGGACUUUCUCACAGACAAGAAAGAGGGAUUAGGCCUCGAUACAAAGACUAUCAAAGUCCAUGGUUUCUAAGUCCGAAACCUUCUUACUCAAGCUGUCAACCACUGCUUGCUCCGUGUUUGAUGGCUAUCGCAAAACGCGGUAUGGGGCAGUUACUUCACGACAACAAGGAGAACCAAGCAGAGUUGGCGUAGGGUUACAGGAAAGGUCUUGUCAACGGAAUGCGACGGAUGACGGGAGGGUGGCUCUUUCAGGUCCCUGGCAUUUAACAAAAUUCCACCAGCAUUUCAGGAGUGAAUUCAGCAUGUGCUAAAAGCCAUUUUCAUGACA